AUGGAAUAUCGAGAAAAGUCCGAGGAAACUGAGCUGAACGUCGAGGGUGCUCAAGCUGGAUCCCACACCAGCCAAUCAAUGACAGAAUCCACGUCUUCCAGGUCGUCCACCGAGACGAAAAAACCCAAGAAAAAGAAGAAAAAGGUCGAAAUGGCGUGUGUUUACUGCCGCCGGUCUCACAUGAUCUGCGACGACUCAAGACCCUGUCUGAGGUGUAUCAAAAGAGGAAUUGGGCAUUUAUGCCAUGAUGAGCCCACCCCGGGCCGCCAGCGCAAGAAAUCCGCCCCGGGAAGGUCAACAAACACAGCACAGCCUACAUCGUCCAGUUCGGCCCCGGAAAUCAACACUUCCUCCAACCAAACCUUGGACCAACCGGAUAUGGCCGGGUACCACCAGGCUGCCAGCCGGACUGACCCGGGUUCACUCUUCGUCCAACCCCAACAGGCCCAGACCAUGGCUCCACAGCAAAAUAGGCCCACCAAUGCGGGUGCUUCCGGCUUUUCAGGUCAGGGCGUUGGCGGGGUAGGUUCCAAUAUGGGGGCCCUUCUGAAAAACUUGCCUUUUAAUGAGGAGCCUUUCUUUUACUCGGAGCACGCAGGUAGCGAGUUCAGCUCCUUGAACGAUUUUCUUUCGAUGAUUGACGAUCCCGAAUUGGUGGGCGGUUCGCUAGGGGCCAACGGCAACAACCCCGAUUCGUUGAUGGCCUUCCUGAUGCCGCAGAACCAAACCAACACUCAAAACCAGAACCAAAACCACAACCACAGCAACACUAAUCUUCUCUCGUUUCUGCCCCACAACAUCCAGCAACCGGUGUUUGACAACCCUAAUCAAGAAAGCCCCGUCAUUGGGCACCAACAGACACAGGCUCCUACAGACGGGAAUCAGUACGAGCAAGGCGCUAAACCGGGCCCGGACCAGCCGCAACCGGUAAUCUCUGACUCAGCUCGUGACAAAUUCUUCUUAACCGCUGCAGACCCCACGACAGAAAUCUCGCCCGAGGAACGACUCAAACAGGUCAUCAAAGCAAAAUUGGAGGCUGGCCUUCUACAACCGUACAACUAUGCCAAAGGAUACGCUCGUCUCCAGGGUUACAUGGACAACUACAUGAACCAGUCGAGUAGGCAGAGAAUUCUAAAACCGCUUUCGAUUUUCCGUCCUGCUUUCAGAGCCAUUGCCAGAACCUUGAAGGAUGUGGACUUGGUUCUUGUUGAGGAGAGCUUCGAGCGUAUGCUUCUAGAUUACGACCGUGUCUUUACGUCCAUGGCCAUUCCCGCCUGUCUCUGGAGACGUACAGGUGAGAUCUACAGAGGCAACAAGGAGUUUGCUUCGUUGGUGGGAGUCACCACAGACGACCUCAAAGACGGAAAGCUUGCAAUCUACGAGCUCAUGAGCGAAGAGAGUGCCGUCAAUUUUUGGGAGAAAUACGGUGCCAUUGCGUUUGACAAGGGCCAGAAAGCCGUUCUUACGAGUUGCAACUUGAGAACCAAAGACGGCUUCAAAAGAAAAAGCUGCUGCUUCAGCUUCACGAUACGAAGAGACCGCUACAACAUCCCCAGUUGCAUCGUCGGCAACUUCAUCCCGAUAGAUCCAUGA